GUGAUGUAAUAUUGUAUUUAUCUGUAGGCACAAUGACGAACACAAAAGGAUACAGACGUGGAACACGUUAUAUGUUCUCCAGACCAUUUAAAAAGCAUGGAGUCAUCCCACUGUCUACCUACAUGGUCAACUACAAACGAGGGGACAUCGUAGAUGUUAAGGGUCAUGGAGCUGUACAAAAGGGCAUGCCUCACAAGUUUUACCAUGGCAAGACUGGACGAAUUUUUAAUGUAACCAAACAUGCUGUUGGAGUUAUCAUUAAUAAGAGAGUGAGGGAGAGAAUUAUCCCCAAAAGAAUCAAUGUGAGAAUUGAGCAUGUGAAGCACUCCAACUGCAGACUGGAAUUCUUGAAACGAGUUGCCAACAAUGAGGAACUGAAGAAACAGGCCAAGGAAGGAGGCGAGAGGAAAAACCUUAAAAGAUUUCCUGAGAAGCCUAGGAAGAAGCACUUUGUCAGCACAAAGUUCAACAAACCUGAGGUUUUGGAGCCUAUACCUUAUGAAUUCAUUGCAUAAAUUAAAGUGUUGACAAGACA